GUCCGCGCACGAGUCGAGAUAGCUGGAAUCUUCGUCCUGACAUUAGGGUCACAUAGAGUCCGCGACAGGAACCGGGUAGUAACUGGAUGACCUUUCGUUCGUGUCGGGUGGUGGCAGGAUGAGAAUCAACCGGUAACCGAGUUUCCUCCAACGAGCGUACACGAAAGACGCAAGUCGUCGUUUGCGUCGUUGCUUCAGUGCCGGCUUCGUAGCGGACCGUCUAGUGUCCAUUGUGCCUAGCGGUAAUACAACUUCGACCAGCGCCAUCGUCACAGCCAGCACCGACAUGGAGGAUACGGAAUAAUGUCAUUGGGAUGCCUUGAAGGAACACCGAGACAUGAAGAGAGCGCGACCGAAGACUAUCGAUUCUUGCGACAAGGGGUCGACUGGCGACUGCUACUGCCGCCGCCGCCGCGCCGCUCAGGUUCGCUCGUAAACCACCCCGUAGAACGCUCGUCGCUGCUUGCGACAACAUGCAGCUCGUCUUUGCAUACGCGGGCUUCUCGUAUCUCAUGGUGGUCAACAACCUUCUCGAACGAUGCCAACUCACCCCACCGACGCACCACGGUGGAACGAAGAAGCAGCUACCAGGGUGGCUAACACGACGCGACGACCGACACAAGUCACCGAGCGCUUCGUGAUUUUCCUGAUCGAUGAUAACUGCGGCUACCGCUCCGACGAUGGAAUUUCUUGUCGGACACGGUUAACGGAAUGUCAAAAAUUUCGGAACUCAGCGGUUAGGAUUAUACCUACUUACAAAAGUCGCGUGGGUUUGUCUGAGUCGGAUACGGCGAUAGCAGAGCCUCUUUCAAAAUGAGUGUUCUAAACAUGGAUUCGGAGAACCGGGUGGUUCUCAACGUGGGUGGUAUCCGGCAUGAGACGUACAAGGCAACCCUGAAGAAGAUCCCCGCGACGAGGCUGUCGAAGCUGACCGAAGCGCUCGGUAACUACGACCCCAUCCUGAACGAAUACUUCUUCGACAGACAUCCGGGGGUCUUCGCGCAGGUGCUCAAUUAUUAUCGUACCGGAAAACUCCACUAUCCGACGGAUGUUUGCGGGCCACUGUUCGAAGAGGAGCUGGACUUUUGGGGCCUAGAUUCUAACCAGGUGGAACCCUGUUGCUGGAUGACCUAUACUCAGCAUCGGGACACGCAGGAAACGCUGACAGUCCUCGACAGGUUGGACCUCGAUACCGAGAUGCCGACCGAAGAGGAGCUGGCAAGGAAGUUCGGCUUCGAGGAGGCGUACUACCAGGGCACCCUCACCUGGUGGCAGAAGCUCAAGCCUCAGAUGUGGUCGCUGUUCGAUGAACCCUACUCCUCGUUAUCAGCUAAGGUGAUCAGUAUAGUCUCGGUCCUGUUCAUAUUCAUCUCAAUCAUGUCCUUCUGCCUGAAGACGCAUCCGGACAUGCGGGUGCCGGUGAUCGUAAACCGGUCGGUGAACAUGGGAAACGAGACCUCCUGGGCAGUGGAUAAAACGCACACGAACGCUCACGUCUGCUUUUUCUACAUCGAGUGUAUGUGCAACGCCUGGUUUACCCUCGAGUUCCUAAUACGAAUCACCGCGAGCCCAAACCGGUGCGAGUUCAUUAAGAGCUCGGUCAACCUGAUCGACAUGGUCGCGACCUUAAGUUUCUACCUCGAUUUGGCGCUUCAACGUUUCGCAUCUCAUCUUGAGAACGCCGAUAUCCUCGAGUUCUUGAGCAUCAUACGUAUUAUGAGACUGUUCAAGUUAACUCGUCAUUCGUCCGGCCUCAAGAUUUUGAUACAAACGUUCCGCGCCUCGGCGAAGGAGCUGGCCCUCCUCGUCUUCUUCCUGGUCCUUGGCAUCGUGAUCUUCGCCAGUCUGGUAUACUACGCCGAACGUACCCAGUACAACCCGAAGAACGAUUUCCAAAGCAUACCGCUCGGAUUGUGGUGGGCGUUGGUCACGAUGACCACCGUCGGUUACGGGGACAUGGUGCCGAAGACCUACGUUGGGAUGUUCGUCGGUGCCCUCUGCGCUCUAGCCGGUGUCCUCACGAUCGCCCUGCCCGUGCCCGUGAUCGUCAGCAACUUUGCGAUGUAUUACAGUCACACGCAGGCGCGAGCCAAGUUACCUAAGAAGAGACGCCGGGUACUUCCGGUCGAGCAGCCAAGAGUCAGAGCUCCGGGUGCGCCACUCGCAAUGACCGGAGUAGCGGGUACCGGGGGUCCACCGGGUUGCACCCAACAGCACUUGCAAGUCGGUGGACCGACAUCGGGCACCGGUGGGCUAGCUCCUGGCCAUGGACAAACGCCGGGAGUAGGCUGCACCGGUGGCCAGGGACCCCAAAACAGACGGAUGAAUGCUAUCAAGACCAAUCAUCCUAAGGAUGUUUCGUUCGCCACUAAAACAGAAGAGGACCGGAGGAACUCUAACCUGCGGACCAACGGGACCAAGACAGCCGGAGGUUUGGGUUAAAUCUGAAAUCAAGAUUACUCUCCACUGCCGAGGCGCCAAUACUACUCGUAUAAGAUGAAAGGGUGAGAGAAAAUAGGGUACGGAGGAACGAGCUCAAGAAGGGUAUCAAGAUUGCAUGGUCUACCAUAUAAGAGAAUAUUAGAUCGGUGCGGAUGAAAUGUCGGAUUUUUAUCGUCAGGAGUAGUUGCGCCACUUUCCACUUUUCACAGGCUUCAAUCAUUAGAACUGCGCUUUUCCCAUUUCCCUUUUCUUUUAUGUUAUCGAGAGAAGACGGGUUGUUGAAAUUUUAUUAUAAUACAUUUUUAUGACGACGUACCGAUAAGAUUUUUAUAAAAGGAAUGGUGGAGUUUUUUUGAGAAGAAGAAUAAUAUACCAUAAUUUUAAGUAUCUUUGAUAGAUAUGUUCUUUCUUUAAUAACAAUGCAGAGCAUCCGUUGGUUUCUUUGCGUUAAAGUACGGCUGACCUAAAAGCCAUGGAACCUUAGCAAGACGUAAACAUGAAGUAAAGCAGAGAAAUUUCUCUUAUAUUCUUGUUUCUCGAAGCUUGUACAUUUUAACAAAAAAGAAACUUUUUUUAAUGUACUGUAUAUUGUAAUAUAUUGUUACAGUUACUUGAAAUUAUAGUAAAAGUGUAUAUUAAACACAUACAAACUCGUACUAAUUACCAAAGAUUAAUAAAAAUGUGUUACUAAUUACCAGUAAUUUUCAGAGUUAAUUUAACUUAAAUUUGUGGUUUUAAAUGAGUCAGCCAUUCCUUCUACAAUCAUUUAUAAUAAUAUGUACAUACAAAUAAAUAGCUGAAUAUACCUUUGUUAAUUAGUAGGUACCAAUAAAAACAAAUCCCCCCCCCCCCCAAAAAAAAAUUUACCCACCUAAAAUCAGCUUCCAAGAAGCAAAAGCAUUGAAAGAUUUGAAAGGAAAGGUCAAAGCAGCCAGCAAUUUAACCAGUGAAAAGAGAUUGGCACGGUGAAUUCAGAGCUUCUAGAAACAGUAAUUAAUUAAUUGAAGCUUUUAAUUAAAUCACACGCUAGCUUCAAGCUACAAAUUUUGGAAAAGAGGAUUCCGCAAGAAAAUAAACGAUAAGAUCCGACAUUUCGUACGCACCCUUCGUAUCCUCAUUCAGGAGCUUCUCAGUUUUUUCUCUUUCUUUGUUUCACACCACUUAUUCCGGCAAUCUCUCUUCUCCUCCCUAGUGUUCCUCCCUUUUCUUUCCACGUCAUCAGCCCCUCGCCCCAUUUUGAUAAACACGAAUCAUUCAUGGAACACGGAAGAGCACGUCUGACUUUAUACCAAUGACGGAAACCGGGUUAAAUGGUGACGAAUGAAAAAAAAAGUGUUGGUACACAUAUAGAAAGGGUGGAGGGAAAGGGGAGGGUGAGAGUGUAGCGGCUUGUUUGAAGCAAUGAGGAAUAUUCAUCGGUUGUUAGGUUAAAAACACGCCGGUGUUGAAAGCCUCGUCCUCGCGAAGGCCGAAUAAUUUAUGAACCGGAGAGCACAGGUUCGCUGCCAAAAAUUCCUGAAAGUAUCUGGUAAAUGCUGCAAGAGCCGCGUAAUAAGAUUGGCGGAUCUCAAGGAGCUUAAAUAUUUGCGUUCGUAGGAAUUUUUGUCACGGCUCAACGUAGCAUCGGCAAGAUCCCUCCUUUUUAGCUUCGCGAGUUGCACCCGUGCAACCGAAUAAAAUAUGCUCUUAAUUUCGCGGAAUUGGCGCUUCAAGGAAGUUAAGUUUCUUACUCCAUCCCCGGUUCACCGGAACUUUCUGGAACUGAUUAUGGAGUUUAAUUGCGAGUAGUGAUGGGAUACAAGUAUAAAAAAGUACUUUUGGGUAUAAUUAAACUUUGACCAAGUACAGUAGCGAAAAUACAGUAGGCUUUUCUAGAGAAAAUUGCAAUUUUGGGUAAGAAAAUUCCAUAACUAUAUACAUUAUACAUAUAACUCGAGACAAGCAACACAAUUUUUCCCAAUAAAACAUUACAAACAAAUGAGUGCUGGGACUUUGUUUUCCUAUGUUACCAUUUUCGUUAGGGGAGCCUCCCAUGCUCGCUACUGUACAUUCGAAUCUCUUAUGAAUAGUAUACUAUACUUUUGUCUCUUUGAGCAUGCUUUGCACUGACCAUGCUAGAUCUGCCUAUCUACAUAUCUGUAAUUUCUUCUUUUUUAAGGAUCCAGUAUUUUAUUUUUACAAAAUUCAAUACCCUUAAACCAUAAAGCAUUGUACUUUUAAAUACAUACUCGAACAUUUCAAGUACUUAUUUUGAGCUUAUAUUGAACUUGAUCCCAUCGCUAUUCGUAAUAAGAGAGACGAGAUCCUAAACGCACAGACACCCGGAAAAAAUUCUUUUACGACCUCGAACCUUUCGCUGCAUACGAACAAGACGAUACAAGAUAACUCGUAACGAGUUUCAAUUGCGUGUGUUAUCUUUUACACGACUUACUACGAUUAUUAAUGAAUCGUACCGGUUAUCGUAGCGUUGCAUAUAAAUUACAGACACACUAUGUGAAGGUAGAAUCACCUUCAUCUCAAUUGCACCACUCGACUUGUCACAUACUGUAAAUAUUCGCUUUAUUCGAUUAACCUGUUAACUGGGUCAUUAUUUUUCACCAAGAAAGAAGAGUUAUAUCCUUGUUCUUGCAAUAAAAAGUGAAUAAAAGAAAGUUCACUUGGCUUACACACGACAAAAGCAAAUAGAGAUAUAUUCUUGCUGGCACAAGUGUAACGAUUAUCAGAAUGACGAAUUAACUCGUCUUCCCCAGUUACUUAACAUGUUAACACGUUGACUGGUAUCGGAGUCAAAUAAGAAUAACUUUAAGUACGGUUAGAGUUGAAAUUUUCACCCUUAUUUAAUUAAAUAAUUUACAACCAUCCCAAAGUGGACAUGAGAACUCCAUAACAGUCAUCCUGUUAAUAACUGUUCCGGUAACAAAUAGAAUUACUAAUCGAACUAAAUCAUUGUUUUGAAGGUGUUUACUGAUGAUUAAUUAACACCCUAAUUGAGAGGAGCGAAUGCAAAUCCAAUGAGUAACCACUACUGAUCGAGUUUUAUAUCAAACAGUUUCAUCCCAUGAAUAGACGUACAAAGUACAGUAAACUCUCGUUAUAUUGCCGCAGACGAUACGAGACCAUAGGAGUGGAGCAAAUUUGUCAAGCUUCCAAGCUCUCAUUUUGAGAGCUAAUAGUGGAAAAGCAACACUACUAUGCUUGAAAUUUCCUAUGAAAAUAAUGAAAUCGCUCAUGUGCCAAUAUAACAAGAGUCUACUGUACAUAAUCAUUCAUGAAAUCCUCUCAAUUAGUCUAAAAAGCUACCAAUAAACACAAACAAUUUAUUUACAAUCCAUUUAUAAUAAUAAUAAUAAUAAUAAUAAUAAUAAUAAUAAUAAUAAUAAUAAUAAUAAUAAUAAUAAUAAUAAUAAUUGAAUAAGACUGUACGUAGUACGAUACCCGAGCUCAUCAUCGCUUUGUUAAGAAGUAGAGAAGCUAAUUACUAAUUAUUCAUUUAAUAAUAUUGUUAUCGCUAAAUGCAAAAUAGUACUGCUGCUAAGGGACAUUUCGGAACAAGCAAGGUGUACUAUACAAUUUUUCUUACAGUUUAUACAUAAUAAGCGGUUGAGAUUUAUUUGUAAAAAGGACUAGUAAGGUAAUCUUAUAAAUAUAUUACGAAACUUUUGUAUCUCGUUGAUAAUAAGUUUUGAGAUAAUGAGAAAAUCGAUGCAACGAAGGGUUGAGUAUUCCCUCUCACCGCUUCUCCCUGAAUUGUUAAGCUUUUUGGGGGAUAAACGUCACAGAAAGGAUCUCGUUUCCGGUGUAGAAAUGAUAACGGAAGGCGGGUAGUAAGACGAGGGAUCUGAGGUGCGCACGCAUGCACACGCAAAACCUCAAAGUUUAUCACGCACAUACGUCCACGUACGUGUAAAUAUGUAGUCGGAUCGGUCGCGGUCCAUGUACGAACGAUACAGCCAGCUCUGUACCUCUUCAUUUCAUCUACAUUCUGCUGCUUUCUAUUUAAAUGAUCCUCCUUCUUUUUUUUUCUACUUACGUUUUCUUUUCUUUUCUUUUCUUUCUUUUUUUCAUUUUUAGUAGGUAAAUACAUAUGUAUGUCGAACAGAGGACCCCUUCGACGUUCUUACAAUAUUUCUGGAUAAUUAAAUCAUUGAAAAAGGCCGCACAAUAUUUAUUUAUUUAUUUAUUUAUUAAAUAUGUAAUGGUUGAAAACAGUUACAAAACAUUUAUUUAUUUUUUAAUCAAAUAUAUUGAAGUUUACCUUUUUGGUGUAGGAAAUUAUAUAUAACUUUCAGUUGAAAUAAUUAAUUAAAUGAGUAUGCAAAGAAUGAGAUUACGAGAUCUGAUAAACAGAAAGCAGCAUUCAUCGUUUAAUCUUUAAGAAACUCUGAAGUUGUGACUUAUCAUAACAAUACAGUACCACCAUUUUCGAGGUAAAAAACAUUUCUGGAACCAGUAAUAUCGUUUCUCGAGUAUCCUCCUUUAAAUGUUCUAUAAUCGAAUAACAAGUUCAAACAAAUAAAUUUUACGACUCCGUGAAAAAAGAAUAGGUACAUAUGUAUGUAUCCCCCAGGUAAUUGGAAAUUUCUAUUUUAUCGCCGUUUUAAUUCACAAUUUUAAUUCAUAUCACGUUUCGAUUUUUCGAUUUAUAGUUUUCUUCAUAAAGGGGAAACAUAAUUGAUGCAUUAAAAUUAUUUGCAUUUAAAUAAUUGCAAUAAAUAAAAGUCAAGUUGUACAAUCGAUUCAAUGCCGUCCGUCAAGUUAAUGCAUAUUUACUCGUUUUCAUAAAUAUUAAUUGAAAUCAAGCAGCAUUUGUAGAUACUGUGGGACAAAGAUCAUCCGCAUCUGCAGCUACUAAAUCUCGACUUUUCUAUUAAAUAAUAUUUUCCUUGCAUGUUAAAUCACUUAAGCCUUCAAGAUUAAUACUGGCCAAGUGUUUUUGGUUGGUUUAGCAAAGCUAUUACAACAAAUAAAGGAUUAUUAACUUCCAUUAUUUUGUCCAAUUCUUAUUGUAUACAAUAUAAUAAAUUGCGACAACAACCAAAUUCCAAAAAUUUAAAUUCAACAAAAAUUUGUAACAUUACAUCUGGGUGACAAUAAUUUUGGUAUUCUAAAAGAUCAGUUACUAAAUCGAUACUUUAUACAAAAAGAAAGAUAAAAACAAUUAAAGAUAAAAAACGUAAUAAAAAAAGUGAGCUGAUUAAGGAAAAAGGUAUUUUGUGGAAAAUGUUUAAUCUGAACUGAAGGAGAAUUAAAACACGCUGGUUCGGCUAAUGAAUAGAAAUCAGUAAUCCAAUGUACGUACAUACAUACAUACAUAGAUAUCGUGAAACGAUAUCACUGGCAUCAGAAAUUCCCUCGAAGAAUGAAAAGACAUUAUGUAAUAUCGUUCGAGGAACAAUAAAAAUGAAUUCCAAUUGAGGCUCUACAAUUUCAACGCACUUACAGAUAAGCAAAGAUUCGUAACAUUCAUUGUCAGUACCGUUUUAAAGCAUGGGCACACUGUGUAAUUUCCCCUGCAAUCAUGGGGCCUUCAAAUAAAGAAAAAAAAUGUAUUUAUGUUUCUCAAGACUUAUGCUACAUAGUUUAAAAGUUUGCGUUGAUUAAUAUAAUUUUAUUGACCAUUUAUAUAUUUAUUCAUGUGGGUGGGUGAGGCCACAGUGUACAUAUUGCUUUGUCCAAAGCCCACAAUGCCGUUAAGACGGCUCUGAUAACAAUACUCAAUCACUCAUUCUCAACCACACAAAACACAAACAAUGCUCGUCAACAGUUCAUAAGUACUUAUCCAGAUUGAUGAAUUAAAUUGAGACGUUGUAAAUUUUAUCGUGUAAUAUGUGAAAUAUAGGGUGGACCAAGGAUUGAAUGAUACGUCGAUGGAUAUAUUAUUAAAUAAAUGAUGAAUUGUCGUGAACUUGUGAAUCAAUAAUGACAGAACUUUGGUGAGUUCUUUUUCUCUUUUCUCUUUUCUUUUUCUUAAAUUUAGGCUUAACGUCCAAUCAUCUACUACGUAUAAGCUAUUAUACUAUUAAAUUAAGCUAAUUCUUCUUUCAUUAAAAAGUGUAUAUUUUCUUUUAAUAACGUAGAUAUAAGUAUUUCUACCGGAUACAUUUUGAAGGAUAGUAAUAGAAACUGUAGAAACAAUCAAUGAUUAAAUUUGUUGACUCAUAUCACCUAACACCUGUGCCCUAUAAGCAUGCCCGUCCCUUAUGGAUUAAACUGUAGGUUCUAACAUAUCAUAGUCUGUAAACGAUUAAUAUCUACAAAUAAAGAAGAUUACCUGUAUCUCUGUCAAUAUUGAUUUGUAUGUUCAGGUAAGCUCAUCAGUGUUAGUCUAUUUUUGUGACAUAUGUUUGUUUUUAAUCUGGAAAGCUGUAAAAAAUAAUGUUUGAUCAAUAUAUGCUUUGCUGGCGCGAAAUAGACAAUCAUAUUGCAUAACCAUUAUCAUUAUCACAGUAUCAAAUGAAACAUAUAACUCAAUUUACUUUUUACGAUAUAAAGAUUGUUUCUUUGAGGAUCGAUGCUCUCAACAGGUAUCCUCUUCUACUUCUUCUUAUAUACAUAUGUAUAACACAACCACAAAUCCUUCGUCUAUAUAAACGUAAUAAAUAACUGUUUAAAACUUGUUUACAAGUUUUGUUUUUAUUCCAGAAAUUUUCAAAAAUGAUAUUUAA